CCGGUUGUCUCAUUCUCUCGCAGCCAGUCUGAGCGGAUAACGAAAGCGAACGGAGAAACAGAUCGAAUAGAACGGCCGAGCAACACACGGCAUAUAGCCUACUUCAACACACGGGAUAUAGCCUACUUCAACACACGGGAUAUAGCCUACUUCAACACACGGCAUAUAGCCUACUUCAACACACGGGAUAUAGCCUACUUCAACACACGGGAUAUAGCCUACUUCAGGGGUUGAUAGAAGAUUGUUUGCAUCGACCGUCCAACUAUUUGGAAGAGCCAGGAUGUCCAGUGAGGUGCAGCCCAGCUCAAGGCCGGACGACAGUCCCAACACCAGUGGGGGAAGCUGGGACGUGGAGCAGAGAGAGGUGGCCCCUCCGGUUCAGGAGCAGGGUCAGGAGAGGGAUCAGACAACGCCCAAGAAGAAAGAGGCCAAGAUAUCUAGCAAGACUGCUGCCAAGCUCUCCACCAGCGCCAAGAGGAUUCAGAAGGAGCUCGCUGAGAUAACCUUGGACCCGCCACCUAACUGCAGUGCUGGUCCGAAAGGAGACAACAUCUAUGAGUGGAGAUCCACCAUCCUGGGGCCACCAGGCUCUGUGUACGAGGGAGGGGUCUUCUUCCUAGAUAUCGCCUUUACACCAGACUACCCCUUCAAACCACCCAAGGUUACGUUCCGUACCAGGAUCUACCACUGUAACAUCAACAGUCAGGGUGUGAUCUGUCUGGACAUCCUGAAGGACAACUGGAGCCCCGCCCUCACCAUCUCCAAGGUGCUGCUGUCCAUCUGCUCCCUGCUCACUGACUGCAACCCUGCUGACCCUCUGGUAGGAAGCAUCGCCACCCAGUACACAACCAACAGACCAGAGCACGACAGGAUAGCCAAACAGUGGACCAAGAGAUACGCCACAUAGUCUGACAGCAAGGACCUCCACUGUCCCCCUCCCAGACCCACCGCCACCACCCAAAAUCUGUGGAGCACACCGACCCCUCACCCCUCCGCCCCUAGCCUGGCCCCAGAUCUGGUUGUGUUGUAUAGCCAACUCCUAUAGUCAUCGCAUGCCAAACAAUGAAUUAUUGGCGUGUUUGGUAUGACAAUGAUGAAUUACAUUGACAUUUAAGUCAUUUAGCAGACGCUCUUAUCCAGAGCGACUUACAGUUAGACCAAUAGUAUUUGGCUAUACAGCACAAACAGAUUUGGGACCAAGCUACUUGCCCCCCCACUCUGAGCCCCAAAUCUGUGGAAGCACACCCACCUGACCUGAUCCCCCCCACCCUUUCCUCAUCACAGAUGGCACCUUCAUUGGGGAGUACGGACUCAUAGUAACGGCUGGAACUGAGUAAAUGGUAUCAAACACAUGGCACACCCAACCCUCCUCUGACAACAUGAACUGUUAUUUGUCCCAUGCAGACACUUGAUCACUUCUUUUUUUUAUACAAAGAGUAUAUUGGGAAUUUCUUUCCAAUACACCGAAUGUUGAUAUGGUCAUGAAAGCUUUAAUACUGUUAUUCUUGUUGUUGUUCGUAUUAUUACAUCGUUUAUUGCUUUUUUUAUAUGCAUUAUCAUGAGUUUUUAAAAUACUAGACCCUUUAUGUGAUUGAUGAAAAAUGUAUUUUAUUCUAGAGCAUUCUAGUCCAUGCAUUCUAGAGCUCAUGCAUUAAAGACUCCAUGCAUUCUAGAGCCCAUGCAUUAAAGACUCCAUGCAUUCUAGAGCCCAUGCAUUAAAGACUCCAUGCAUUCUAGAGCCCAUGCAUUAAAGACUCCAUGCAUUCUAGAGCCCAUGCAUUAAAGACUCCAUGCAUUCUAGAGCCCAUGCAUUAAAGACUCCAUGCAUUCUAGAGCCCAUGCAUUAAAGACUCCAUGCAUUCUAGAGCCCAUGCAUUAAAGACUCCAUGCAUUCUAGAGCCCAUGCAUUAAAGACUCCAUGCAUUCUAGAGCCCAUGCAUUAAAGACUCCAUGCAUUCUAUUAAGUGUUGUUUAAGAGGCCAGCUUCAAUUUAAGCCUGUCUGCAGAAUUAGUGUCUACAAAUGCAGAGUGGACUUUAUUCUAUGAUUAAUUAUUUGAUGUAAUUUUUCUGCCCCAAGAAGUUAUUGACAUGACAGUAAGGCCGUCUGGAUCUGUGUGUAGCUGGUCUUACUGCUCACCUCCUGUGGUGCUAGCCAGCUGGCAGUUGUUUGCUGUACAUUUGCCUUGUGAGAAUACAUACUUAUUGAAUACUCAAUUAAACACUGGUUGUAAUGUUAAUUCUAGCUCGGCUAAUCUGUUGCUAAUGUGUUCACUGGGGGUCCUCUUCACUGAGUUAACCAUGUUGAUUUGAAUGCAAAAUCAAUCAUAUUUACUGCUGUUCUAUGGUCAUUCAAAUAUGAAUAUUAUUAAAUGCACUAAAGAG